CCUCCUCGUUCAGAUUGCAUUCCGUCCACUCGGCGGUUGAUGAGUGAAGGAGAAGGAGGCGCGAUGUCAGUGAAAAGAAGAGGAUGUUUAUUCUGGGCAAAACAAAUAGCACGCUGAAUAUCCGAGUCAGAUCGUUAGAUAAAACAACCAAAGGACGAAAAAUAUUUUAGGACAUCUUCCGCCGUAAGUCUUGCUGGAAUGAACGAUGUUAAGUCAACGGUUUAUCUCCUGGGCAGGUGAUUUUGCCUUGGCUACCUAGAACAGUAGUGGUUCAGAAAGUGGCAUGGCCCCAGCCCUGACCAAAAUCCUGAAAGAUGGCCAUGGGAUCCACCUGUCCUCACCUCCUGCCCCUGUCAGAAUGGACUCAGAUGGGAGAGCCAUGCGCAGUACCGAGCUGGAGCCUCAGAUGAGAUCAGCAGAUGAUCGUGACCUCCAGAAGGUGUGGCUGAACCUUUCCUCAUUUCCCUCUCUGGACUCCUGUCUCCCUGUAAGCCCCCUGGACGUCCCUGCCAACACUGUGCUUUCCCCAUGUCCGCAGGCGUCUGCUGGUCAGCAUGACACAGCGCUCUUCCCCAGUCCCACUUCCCUCCUUAACCUCCUUUCCUUCAUUGAAAGCCUCAGAGACUCUCAUCAGGUGGCCUCUGUCUUCCCAGGUGUACCCGACAUGUUUUUAGUCCCUGCGCCCGAGCACAAUAGCCAAGAGGCUUCUCUGCUGCAUGGACGCAGCGCUGCUCCUGAAUGUGGACCAGAUGGUGGUGAUGUGCAUCGCUCCCCUCUUACUCUCAAUAUUGCUCCUCCUUUAUAUUCUCACGGGGAGAUAAAGUACCAGGGCUACUCUCCCGUCUUUGUGCCCCCACCUUCACUGACGCAGGACAAAGUGGCUGGAAUAGGCUGUCCUCCUUCAUCUUCAGUGCAGCCUUGUGGUGGCAGGGUGAACUCUGAGCAGCCGGCAUCCAGAGCUGCACUAGAGGAGACUGUGAAGCAGAAGGUCUCUAGGCAGACAGGACUUCAGAGCCGAGCUCAAAGGCUGCAGAGGAGACUACAAGCCCUGCUAGGAGAGCAUGCGGUGCUACACUGCAGUCAUCAGCUGGAGGGGCUGAAAAGGCACUAUCAACUUGGAAGUGUGUCUCUCGACAGCCCGGACUCUGUACAUCCUGGCAUACAAGCUCCACAAGCGGACUGUAAACCCAGUUUUACCUGGCCGGACUCGUCCACAGCCUCGUCUUCCAGCACAGAGCUCAGGGAGUUCAGCCGCUCCAGCCAGGCGGUGCUGAGAGGCCUGCAGGAGGCUUUAGACUCUGAGGCCACAGCCAGCAGCAGCUCAGAUGAGGACCAAGAGGAGGAUAAGACUUAUGGCAAUACCAAGACUUCACCUGUUGGCAGCUUUGAGGGGAGUUGGCUGGAAGAGAGAGCGGAGCUGGGCAGCAGGUGGAGCUGGCUGCAGCUUCGUCUGGCCGAGCUGGAGGGGAGGAUUCAACAACUGGUGGAGCUCCACAAGCACAUCCGCUCUACCAAGGGGGGCGUGGUGCUUGCAGAAUCGCAGCCACUGACAGACAGACAGAUUCAGCAGACCCUGCUGAGAGAGAUGGCGGGGUUAUCCUGCACAGCUUCCGAUGCUGACACUGAGCCCUGCAGCCCCACACGCCUCCUGCACAACAUAGAGAGACAGAGUGCUCAGCUCAGCCAGAUCGUCAACAGUCUGAUGCCUCCUCUCAGCUUUUCACCGCUCUCAAAACAACCGCAGAUCUGCAAGGGCAAGAGAGCCUUUCCAAGUGGACAGAGUGGAGAUGAUGCUUUUGUCCCUGGGAGCUCGAAGAGAAGGAGACUGGGCACCAGGAGGCUCAUCAAAGCCGAUGUGUCAUGCGUGUGUGCCCGGACCCGACCCCUGGUCACCUACCACAAGCCCAGAUUGUUCGCUGUCAGCACCUACAACCCCAGCAGUCCACAGGACUUGGGGAAGUCCACGUGUACCCUCUCCUCUUCUCUCUCAUCAUCUUCUUGUUCAUGCUGUUCAUCUUGUGAUCCUGUGGUCCUGUGCUCUGAUCCUGACUGCAGCUCCGGUAGCGCCCAGUCCUUCAGGACCCCCAGCUCCACACCUCACCCUGUGUUGUCUCCUUCAUUUGACACCAUUCUGUCCCACCCCUUAAAGAUGGCCCUGGCUAGAGAAGAAUGGUGUCAAAGACCUUUGGUUGUCAAUGUCCAACCAUCCAGUCCAGCAUGCUACAGCAGGCGCAGCUCGACACCGCUGCACAACAGUCACAAAUUACAUAAGCGGCGUACAAGGCAUCAUGAAAGCAGAACAAGACAAAGUGUUAUGGGUCUGUCACCGAUCGGGACGGCGUACUGUGGUCAGAGUCAACACAGGAGAGCCAGUCGGAGGAAAAAGACGCAAAGACACAUCCACAGACUGGUAGAAGAUGAGGAAGAUGCUCUGUACCAGCUCUGUGACACAGAGGACAGUUCAGAUGAAGUGCUGGAGCAGAGCUACACACACGGGACACGCAAGCAGGCCUCACAGGGGUUUGUUCGCAAACGCCAGGGAGUGAGUAUGUACAACAUCAACAACGUUGUCAUCCCUGUGUCACUGGCUAAAGUGGAAAAGCUGCCUUACAAAGACAUCCUGACACCCAGUUGGCGAGUGGUUGACAGAGAGGCAGAGAAGGCGGAGCACGACGAGGAGGGGCAGGUGGAGGAUCUUGCUGAUGAAGUCUUUGCUCAGAGACACCUGGGCUUAGAGCAGAGAGAGAAAUUGCGCUGGGGAUCCUGGGGGAAGAGGAAAUGCUGCAGGCUUUCCAAAAGAUCUGGCAGCAGGUUGUCGGGAGGCGGGGGCGGGAUGUGCACAUCGGGAGAGGAGAGCUCUGUGGAGUUGAGUUGUGCUCAGCUGGAUGCUGACGAACACCAAAGCUCGGAGGAGUGGCUGCAUCUGCCCUCUUCCCUCCGGCAGCCUCAGACACCCUGGGAGCGACGAAUGUUUCCUUUGGAUGAUGUUGAUGUUGAUGAAGAAGCUGUCCUCUGCAAUAACCCAGAAAAUGUCCAUUCAGGGUGCUCAGUGUGUAGCUCUGCCUCCCACACAUCGAAGAAGUCCAACUCCCAUCUCUCCCCAGCUCGGUUCUCUGGUGCUACACUGCCACCUGGUGGACAAAGCAAGCGCAGAACACCCGAUGGCAGCUGAGAGAGCAGUGCCUUACUUUUUUUUAUACCUAUUUCCUUACGUCUGGGACCACAAGGAGGAACUGGACUGGACUGGAAAUGAACCCUGGGAACUUUAAUUGGGAUUCUUUUAACAUUCCAGGACUACAUUGAUUUGACCUGACUUGCUUAAUAAUUUGAAGCAAAAGUGUUUAUUUAGUGAGUAUUGUAACUUGUCAAAUUAGUUUGAACUGACUACUAUAGCUUCUUCUACACUUUCAGGUUUUACAUACAAUGCGUACUGUAUGUAAAGUAUGUCACUUGCUAUUUAUUUUCACACCUGUCUUAAAAAAUAUGUAUAGAAAAACUUUAGUACAUACAUAUAUUUAUGUAACUUUUACCUGAUUUACAUGUGGUUUUUGAGUUGUUUUGUGUGUGUGUUGAUGAUGUCUUUUUGGUAUAUAUUUUUUUAUGAAGAAAGAAAAAUAAUUAGUCAACAUUAACAUUAGGAAAACCUACUCUAGUGCUGGAUGUCAUACUUUUCCAGCUGGUAUUUUUUCUCAAGUUUUAUUAUGGCUCUGACUCAAAUGGUAACAAGCACAUACUGUAGGUGACACUGGGGCAGAACAGAGCAGCUUUUGUGCUGACAGCAUUGCAUAAAAGGGAUAGGAUCACUGUACAGCACAAACCUUUGUGUAUUAGAGGAAAAUGUGACUCACAGCAAGGGGAAUUUGUUCAUUUUAGACUGGGCUCAGAAAACAAGAGAUGUCAAAAAAAGAAGGAAGAAAAUAAAUAAAUAUGUUUGGUUUCUUUUCAAAGCCAA